AGAUUGGGAGGUCCAGGGAGAAGCAAACGGCGGCGGAGCGGCACCGUCGCGUCGCAUCCGAUCGGCGGGAGUCCCUCCCGUGCCCUGGGAUUGCGAUCAUCGGCAUGGAAGACGAGCCUCACAAUUCCAAUGCCAUGGUUGACCAAGAGGAGAGCACAGGCAGCGCCCCUGGCCCAGUGUUCUCGGGUCGAAAGCCGAAGAGGCUCCGGUCGAAGGUGUGGGAUGACUUCACCCCCAUCUACAUCGAUGGGAAGCUCGCGAGGGCCGAGUGCAUGCACUGCCACCAGGUCUUCAGCAGCGGAACCGGCAACCUGCGAAAGCACCAGGCCAAGUGCUGCCCCAGAGCCCAGAAGAGGGCAAUGCAACACAAGCCCCCGUUCUUGUUGACCGGCCAAAACAAAUCCUCAGACACAGCGAAGGUUGAUCAGAAUUUGUCUCACGGGGAGCUUGGGACACAUGAGCAGAAGAAUCUUGCUUCAUGUGACACUCACACUGACAAAGAUCGGAAGAAUCAGUCGCAUGAGGAACUUGCAGUGCCUGACCAGGACAUUCCCACUGACAUGAAUCAGAGGAAUCUGAAGGUUGGUCAGAUUGAGCCCCAUGAGGAACUUGUCAGGAUAUUUUCUGUGCACGGGUACCCGCCACCGAUACAGAUCUAUGAUGGAUUCAGUAAGUUUGUUUCUAGCUUGAAUCCUAUGGUGAAGAUGCCGGCCAAAGCUGACAUGUAUAGGUACUCUAGGGAACUGUUCGACAAAGAAAAAACCAAGCUGAAGGAGAAGUUGGCAGCUUUGAGCAGUCGGGUUUGCUUGAGUGCUUAUCUGUGGCAUUAUGAUCUGACCUCAGCGUUCCUAUGCUUGAGUGUUCAUUACAUUGAUGAUGAAUGGGAGAAGCAGAAACAUAUCAUCAGGUUUCACUCUGUGGAUCCUUCCUGCAAUGCAAAGCAACUGAGCCAGGAUAUACUGAGUGCUAUUGGAGAUUGGGGUCUUCGUUACAAGGUUUUCAGCAUUACACUGGACGAUGUGUUUCUAGAUGAUUCAGUUGCUUCAGAUCUCAAAGCCAGUCUCCAAGAAUGGAACCUUCGCUCGGCAAACCGGAGCUCGUGUAUGUCUGCAAAACAUACCUCAUCAAUGUCUGCAAACCGUAGCUUGUUUGUGGCACGGUCUCCAAUUCAUCUAGUUAAUCAGGUCAUACAUGUGGGGAUCGAUGAACUUCACAAAGUGAUGGAGAAGUCAACAAAGUGUUCCAAGCACACAAAGGGCCACAUCCCUUCAGCAGUACGGUUUCUGAACUGUGGAUAUGCACCUUCAGCUGAAGAGUGGAGCAACGCGCAACGUAUCUGUAAGAUAUUGCAGAGGGUGCAUAUAUACAUGGAUGAGAUGAACACCUUUCAUGGCCCAGCCGACCUCCUUGACCGGUUAUGGGGUGCAAAACGAGCUCUGCAUCCAGAAGAUAGUUUUUACGGGGACAAAACAGUUUCGAAAGAGCUAAAGAAGAUGCAGCAGAAGUUUACUGAUGGUAGGACUAGGGUUCCUACCAGGCCUCCGGCGUAG